AUUAGCGAUCAUUAUUUACCUUUGGGUCCUAAGCUAAGAUACUUAGAAAUAUCUAUCUCUAGGAGAGUGUCUCUAACAUCCAACACUUUUAUUACAUACUUUCACUUUUUCAGUUCAGUCGCUGGAGUUCUCUCCUUGCGCCGCCGCAGCAAUGUCCUCCACCACCGCAUCCGGCGACGGCACUCCAUCCCUCCACUUCGAUACGCCGACGCUGGACCGGGAGUUAGCGGCGCUUCUCCACUCCAUUUCCGAGCACGGCGGGUACGCGUACGUGAGCAUGGCAGCGCUGGCGGCCGGGGGCGACAUUCGCGCGGCGGAGGCGGCGUGUGAGAUGGCGUGGGAGCAGCUGCACUCUGGGCCUUGGCACUCGGUGCUGCCGGUGUGGCGCGACGCGUACUCCAUGGCUUGCCUCCACGUGGCUCGACACCACUAUGGCAACGGGGAGUUCAGGGAGGCGCUUAGGGUUUUAGAUUUGGGAAUCAUCAUGGGAGGGACGCUCCUUCGCAAGGAUUUGGACUCCGCCGUCGCGAAAGUGUCGGAACAAGCUCGAAGGACCGUUAGGGUUUCUGAACUGGGAGACUCGGGACACCGGUUCGUCGAUCGGGACUUUAAUAUGGCAGAGGUGCUCCAACUUUUACCAAUUAAGUCUCUUUCUUCUACGCUUGUGGUCAAGAAAUCAGCGCUGUCGUUGGAUAAAUUCCUAAAGGAUCAUUACCUGUCUCGCUCUCCGGUUAUUAUCAGAGAUUGUAUGGCUCACUGGCCAGCCAGCGCGAAAUGGAAUGAUGAAGAUUACUUGUUGAGAGUUGCCGGUGACCGCACAGUUCCGGUUGAGAUUUUUUUGUCAUGGCAAGGCUGUUGGAAGUUGUUUAGCAGUAUACAUGAAAUUCCUUCAAACACACACAAGGUUGGAAAAAACUAUUUAUGUGCUGAAUGGAAGCAAGAGCUGAUUACUUUUUCAGAAUUUAUUCAGCGGAUAAAGUCUGGUGCCUGUUCUCUUGGUGGUCCUACUUAUCUUGCUCAGCAUCCAUUAUUUGAUCAGAUAAAUGAGCUGCGGAAAGAUAUUUUUAUUCCUGACUAUUGUUUUGCUGGUGGAGGGGAGCUACGAUCUCUCAAUGCUUGGUUUGGUCCAGCAGGAACAGUGACACCAUUACACCAUGAUCCGCAUCAUAACAUACUAGCUCAGGUUGUUGGAAAAAAAUACAUUAGGCUUUACUCGUCAUCUUUGUCUGAGGAACUUUCCCCCCACUCUGGUACCAUGCUCAGCAAUUCCAGCCAGGUUGAUUUAGAUGACGUAGAUGAAAGGAAGUUUCCCAAGGUGCAAGAGUUGGAAUUUGUAGACUGUAUUUUGGAGGAAGGCGAAAUGUUAUAUAUCCCGCCAAAAUGGUGGCACUAUGUGAGGUCUUUGACUACAAGUUUUUCAGUUAGCUUUUGGUGGAGUGAGGGUGACAAUUCGGAUGCAUCCUAAUCCUAUGCCAUCAUUUUCGUCUCUACUUUUCAUUCUUUCUUAAUUGAGAACUCAGCGUGUUCUAAGUAAUGUUCCUAAUAUCUAUGUGGCAACUCGUUUUACCAGUGAUAGUAUAAUUCUCGUGCAUAAACAUCCUUUUUGGCACUGUUUCUCGUGACGGACACACGUCCUUUAAUUACUCAUCACAAUAAAGCUUUGUGAAUUUGAUUAUGAAA